CGUCCACUUGCUCGCCGGAGGCGGCCUGGAGGAGGAAGAGGAGGAGGCGGCGGCGGCGCGGGGAGGGAGGGAGGGAGGGAGGGAGGAGCGGAGGCUCUCCGAGUGAGGAAGAAAGGAAAGAAGAAGGCAGAGGAAGGAGCGACUGAGGCGGUUGCGAGGAAGAAGGCAGCGAGAGACCACCGAGCUGAGGGAGGGCGGCGGGGAGGCCACCAGGCCGGAGUCGGCGGCUGUUGUUGUUGUUGUUGCUGCCGCCGCCGAGAUGGAGCAUCACCAUCACCAGCCGGCCAGUCGGUACCAAGUGCUUCAUAAUGAAGACGAUCCUCCAGAAUCAUCAGUGGUUGAACAGCCAAGCACCUCCACAGAAAUUGCACCAGCUCCUCAAAUAGAAGCAUCUUUACCUGAAGCAGAUACUUCACCUCCACCUUAUUGUACUAUUGUUGCAGAAGCAACAGCAAUAGCAGAAAUAGAAUCACCUAAUGAGUUUUACCCAGUGCCACCUCCCUACAGUGUAGCUACCUCUCUUCCCACCUACGAUGAAGCAGAAAAAGCCAAAGCUGCAGCAAUGGCAGCUGCUGCAGCAGAAGCAGCAGCAAUCCAAAGACACGGCCAAUUUAGGGAGUCUAGGAGUCUGUUUGAUGAAAUAUUCCUGAGCCCACCAGAGGAAGAAGAAUAUCCUCCAAGGGAUGACUUCAGUGAUGCAGACCAGCUCCGUGUAGGCAAUGAUGGUAUCUUCAUGUUGGCCUUUUUUAUGGCAUUUAUUUUCAACUGGAUUGGAUUUUGCUUAUCAUUCUGCAUAACUAACACCAUAGCAGGAAGAUACGGUGCAAUCUGUGGAUUUGGACUGUCCCUGAUCAAAUGGAUUCUUAUUGUUCGGUUUUCAGAUUACUUUACUGGCUAUUUUAAUGGACAGUACUGGCUGUGGUGGAUAUUUCUUGUACUUGGGCUCCUCCUGUUUUUCCGAGGUUUUGUGAAUUAUCUGAAAGUCAGAAACAUGUCUGAAAGUAUGGCAGCUGCUCAUAGAACAAGAUUUUUCUUCUUGUACUAGAGAGUGCAUCCAACCAGACAUUCCUUCUCAUACCAAUGUGAACUUCCAGCCAAUCUGUAACCUUCCAAGUGAAUAGGGAAAGACGACUACUAAAAAACAGAAGACACAUUUUGAAGCAGGAUCUUUUUGCCGCUUAGUGAAUGACAGGGUGGUUUAUGUUUAAGUGCCAUUUCUGUUUGUUCUAGUAAAAUAUUUAUAUUAAGCAUUGCCUUUUGUCUUGCACAUAUGCAUAUGUGCUAUAAGUAACAAGAACUUAAAAAGAAUAAAGUCCAUGCAUAUAGUCUGCUAAGCAGUUGACUACAACCAGACUUGACUAAUUUGUAUCUGAAAGAUUUUAAGUGGUAAUUUGUUUUCACAGUAUUAUGUAUUGCUGACUUGCUGGUCCGAAGUAUCAUUAAGUACAAAUGGUGUGUACUGAACCAUUCAUAUUAAAUCAUUCAGACUCUGUUACUAGGUAAAUUUCACUCAUCCAAUUAUGCACAAAACAGUUUUUGUCACGUAAUUUGUAAUUCUGUAAUGCACAUUGGAAAACAUUCUCUUGAGGACUGGCCAAGGUUGUCCUGGUGCACUUAUCUUAUCCUGGUCUCAUUGGUGUGACUUUGCUUUUUCCCUACAUAAAAAUGUGGACAGUACAGGCACUAAUAAUCACUGCCAUGUUUCAGCCCAGUAUAGGCAGGUGUGUGAAGUGCUGUAGUUCAACAGCCCCAAUCUGUGGGCCAUUUCUUAUGUUGUGGGAAAGUUGUAGUUGCUGCUUCUAUGUGGCCCCAUCCCAUGUCACACUGUUUCGAUAGGAAAGCAGAGACUUCAUGGGCGCAGUGGGGAAUCUGCACCAGCCUCAGUUGUCAUAUUUGGGAAGUGUGAAAUUGCUGUGAUUUCUGUGUCUAAACAGAGCAGCAUAGGCUUAAAUCAUGUUGGAGCAAUGGCCAUGCUGCUCCCAAAACAUUCAAGCCAGCACUUAUUCUUGUCUUCUUCCAAGUGUUCCAUUCUUACAAAUUUUGGCAAAACGUUAGCAGCCACAGUUAUUCUUACGUUUUAACAGUUUGAACUGCAAACCAGUCUUUCAGUGGUUAGUUUGAUUAGUAUGAACCCUAAUCUGUAAAGAACCAAAAUAAUUUAAAAUGCAUCUGAACAAUAGUGUUUUCUAAUUGCACGAGUCUGAAGAAUUCAUUUGGUCCUGUGGAACACUCUUACUCCCAGUAGUCAUUCAUUCUCAUAUUCAUCAUCUCAUAAGAAGUUCUAGCAUGAAGAAUUGCUAGCCUGAUCCUGCACUUUUCUAGGUAGGUGGACCUUUGCCCCACACCUCAUCCUACCCUGCACUACAACCAUUAAGUGUAACUGUAGAUCAAGAGUGUAUAUUCUCCAAGCACUUAAGCUGCACAACCUCCAUUCUGCUAGGUGCAUGCAAGGGAGCUUGCUCAUUUCAGUUGAAACAAAUGGAAGUUGCACAGUACCAGUGGAUGGGCACUCUAGUUUUUCAGUUUGGAGUAUCAGUCUUCAUUGCCAAGUUUUCAGUUUGGAGUAUCAGUCUUCAUUGCCAAGAUAUUAUGCGAUGAUAAUUACAUAAUCAUUUAUUAUUUAAGGAGUAUCCCAAGUGGCUUUCAGGCAAUUCACUAUGCUUUUUUUCUUUUUUAAUUUUUUCAGGAAUGAAGCUGAAUUUUAAUAGGUGCAUUUUCAUUAAACCCAAUAGCAAGAAUAUAAGCAAUGCACUGUUCAUAGUAUUCAUAUAAUAGUAAUGAUCUUUUUGAGUAAACAAAUACAUCUAGGGCUUGGUUGAGGAACCAAGUGUUAUCUUGCUCAAGCACAUGUAUUCCUUCUCCAAACAUCUCUGGGACUUAGCACUCUGGCAUGGAGGGAGACAAGAUCUCUCAAACAUCCACAACUCUCAUCUCAGUUGCUGCCAGUCACUAAUGCACUCUGCAUCUUGGGGGUGGGAAAUGCACAUUUCUUCUUCUUUUAAAAUUUGAAUUCUUGCAUUUUUAAUACUAACAUAUAGAGGAAUUAUAUGUUGUCUCAUUUAGUGCUGUAUCUAAUUUUGUAUCUAUUAUAUGCAUAAGGUUGGCCGGUUAUAUUCUUUAAUAUUUCAGGAUUACUUAAAAAAAAAGAAAAAAGAAAGAAAUAUAUAUCCAAACAGAUUGAGAGCAAAUGCCCAUUCCUGCUUUUCAUGAAAACAAAAUUCUCUGUUAUGAAUCUCAUGUGUUUCCUUCUGAAUUUAUCAGUAUUUUUUCUAUGCUUUUACUCUCUCCCCACCUUCUUCCUCCCCCCCCCAUUAUUCUUGAGAGAGAGAAGUGAAUAAAUCUUUGUUUUGAAACAAA